AUGAAGUUGUCACUCCUCUCCAUGGCCACUGCCGCCUCCGCCGCCGCAGUCACCAAGCGCGACGUCGUCUUCGAAGCCCGCAACUUCACCGCCAGCUGCGUCCCCCACAGUGCCAUGUGCCACUACUCCCUAAACGCAUUCAUGCCCGGCACCAUGGACACCCAAGGGUACGACUGCAGCGCGUCGGCCCCCGGCGCCGGCGUGGCCAUCCUGCCCGAAAUCCAGGGCGGCGCCUGCCCGCCUUCGUCGCGCACCUUCGACAUCGUCCGGAGCGAGGAGGGCCUGACCGUCAUCGUCAGCGUGCAGGUCUCGCGCCUGAGCUACACCAGGGGCUCACACUUCAUCCCCAACGAGCAGAUCAAGAUGAUCGAGGGGGUCACGCCGACGGGCAACUACCAGGCUUAUGUUGGGCCCAAGGACUUUUCUCUUGAGCGGAUUUAG